AUGACAUCCUACUUUCAGAAAGAAAGAAUCCCAGACCAGUGGAAGACCUCGCAAACCAUUCUUAUCUAUAAGAAGGGUGACCGAGAGAACCUUCGCAACUACUGUCCGAUAUGCUUGCUGAACGUGUUAUACAAAAUAUUCACCAAGAUCAUCCUCACGCGCAUGUCUAGGGCGCUGGAUGAAGUCCAGCCUCAAGAACAAGCUGGAUUCGUCCAAGGGUUCAGCUGCUUGGACCACAUCCAGACCGUGUCGAAGGUGAUAGAGGUUUCCCGGGAAUACGGCCUGCCUCUUGUUCUAACCUUCGUCGACUAUGAGAAAGCUUUCGCUUUUGACAGCGUAGAAAUGAAUGCAAUACUAUCAGUGCUAGUCGAUCAAGGUGUGGACGCGUCGUAUGUGAGGACAUUAGCCAAUUGCUACGAUCGAUGCACGACUAGGAUGCAGCUCUUCCACCGCCCUCUCACGAUAACCAUUGGAAAGGGAUUACGAUAA